AUGGACCGUCCACGGGUGGUACAUACAUGUACAUGUAAAGAAUUACACAUGUUGAAAACCGCUGCGCCCACCAAUUCGGCUCCGCCCAAGGAUAAGACGUUCGAGAUCGGCCACCACGGUCGAAUCAGCUCUGCUCCUCAGCUCGCCGUCUGUGGCACAAGCUUCUCUAGCGGCGUGGCUUUGUGCAAUUUUCAGCGUUCGAAUCUUGAAGAUGUGGAGUCCGGAGCCUCUUCCGUCGCCGCGCAGGAGGAUGGCUUCGAUGCCACUCUCGUAAGCACCACAGAAAGACGGUUAAUGGCCAAAAUCGAUCUGCACCUGCUCCCCGUGCUCUGUGUGCUCUAUCUGCUUGCGUUCUUGGACCGUGUCAAUAUCAGCAAUGCUGUCAUAUUUGGACUGAGGAAGGAUCUUGGUAUUGAAUCAGGCAACAGAUAUAAUACCGCUCUGACUAUAUUUUUUGUCCCAUACAUCUUAUUUGAGAUCCCAUCAAAUAUUCUACUGAAGAAAUUGAAGCCUCACGUUUGGCUGUCGGGAUGCAUGUUUGGCUUCGGGCUUGUUACUCUUUGCCAGGGUUUAGUACAAAACUAUGCAGGUCUCCUAGUCACACGAUUUUUGCUUGGCUUAUUGGAAACUGGCAUGUUUCCAGGAUGCUUCUACCUCCUUGGGAUGUGGUACCGGCGUACUGAAGCCCAGAAACGGUUCAGUUUCUUCUUCAGCUCCACUACUCUUGCCGGUGCCUUCGGAGGCUUGCUCGCAAGCGCUAUUGGAAGGUUGGAUGGUGUGCGUGGUUUUCUUGGAUGGCGGUGGAUUUUCAUCCUGGAAGGGCUGAUAACAUGUAUCGUCUCCUUUGCAUUUUUCUUCGUGAUACCUGGCUUCCCAGAAGAAGCGAAAUGGUUAAACAAAGAAGAACGGGCUUUCAUUCGGGGCAAACUUGCCAAGGAUGUUGGUGCUGCGGGCCAUGAGGUCUCGCUGCGUUGGAAAGACGUGCUUGAUGUCUUCAAGGACUAUAAGAUCUUUGUUGGAGGACUUAUGUACUUCGGCCUGAUUGUGCCUGCUUACGGUAACUAA